AUGACGAUGAAGGCUUCUUUUAAGGGAAAGUUCGAUGUUGACAAGAGCAGUGGCACUGCUUCUCUUGCCUUCAACGCCGGUAAUGUUAAGCUACGCGCCACCAUGACUGAUGCUGCCCUCGUCGUCGGCCCUAGCUUGAACGGUCUCUUUCUCGCCGUUGAGAAACCUGGAUUCUUCAUCAUUGACUACAACGUCCCUAAAAAGAAUCUGAGCAAUUUGGAGAGUGUUUGUAUGGAUUCUCUGAAUAAGAGUGAAAUUGAACUAGAAAGUUUCAGUUUUUAUGAUGCAGAUGUUAUAUACGGUUCAAUAUGUAUGGAUUCUCUGAAAAUGAGUGAAAUUGAACUAGAAAGUUUCGGAUUACAUAAGAAUUCUUAA